UGGGAGAGGAACUAACAAGGGAGGAGAGACAGAGGCAGCAAAUCCUGCAGCAAGGCACUGGUUCCCUUAUUUUCAGAAGCUUUGCCAAGAGGAGGAGGGAAAUCCGUCUCGAUUCUCUGGGAGAAACCCCCUCCCUUGCCCACUUUACCAACAACAACCGCUGCUGCUGUGGGGGAAAGCCAUGGAAGGCAAGACCUUAGCACCUGUACAGCUGAAAUCAAGGGAUCACAGUAUACUGAGAAGUCUGGUUUGGUGGUAGGAAAAAAGAAAGGACGAAAACUAAGGAAUCUGAACCCAAAAAAAGAACCAGCCACCAAAAUCCAAGGAAGAUAACUGAGAAGAAAAAGGAUUUUCAUGGCGCAGGCUGCAGAGCUAAGCAAGAAGCCUGAAGGUUGCAUCUCUGCUCUUACAAUCUCUAACUGUCUAGGUCCAGAUAAUGAGAGAUUGUGUUGAGGAUGCUGCUGCUGCUACUGCUGCUCCCCUGUUCACUGUGGAAGCCAUCUCCAAAUUAGCCAUUACAUAUGGAAACUGGAGACCAGAAUUUUAGAAAAAGGGAUUAAGGCAUCUAAUUUUGGGGGGGUUCUCUCUUUAUUAUUUUUUGUUCUUUUCUUUUUUUCCUUUUUCUUUUUUCCUUUAUUUUUAUAUGACAACCGGAACGUUUCUGAUUUAAAAGGCAAGCCUCUUCCCGUGUGGUCUUUAUAAUUUACACUGUUUUCCGUGGGCUUUCUUACCUCCCUUUUUGAUAUCUCUCUAUAUAUACCCAUUAUAUUAGUAGUGGAAUUAUUAUUUUAUUAACACACACACCCCAAGAAUCAGAAGGCGGUUGGGUAUUUGUAUAAUGAAGAAUUAUGGGGCUCUUUGACAGAGGUGUUCAGAUGCUUUUAACCACCGUUGGUGCUUUCGCUGCCUUCAGCCUGAUGACCAUAGCUGUGGGGACCGACUACUGGCUUUACUCCAGAGGGGUUUGCAAGACUAAAAGUGUCAGUGAGAACGAAACCAGCAAAAAGAACGAGGAAGUCAUGACCCAUUCUGGAUUAUGGAGAACCUGCUGCCUGGAAGGGAAUUUUAAAGGUCUGUGUAAGCAAAUCGAUCACUUCCCUGAGGAUACAGAUUAUGAAGCCGACACAGCAGAAUAUUUCCUCCGGGCUGUGAGGGCCUCUAGUAUUUUCCCGAUCCUGAGUGUGAUUCUGCUUUUCAUGGGAGGACUCUGCAUUGCAGCCAGCGAGUUCUACAAAACCCGGCACAACAUCAUCCUUAGUGCCGGCAUCUUUUUCGUGUCUGCAGGUCUGAGUAAUAUAAUUGGCAUCAUUGUGUACAUAUCAGCCAAUGCUGGAGACCCCUCAAAGAGCGACUCCAAGAAGAACAGUUAUUCCUAUGGUUGGUCCUUCUACUUUGGGGCCCUGUCCUUCAUUAUAGCUGAGAUGGUGGGAGUGCUGGCCGUCCACAUGUUUAUUGACCGUCACAAACAGCUGCGUGCCAACGCUCGUGCCACGGACUACCUCCAGUCCUCCGCCAUCACCCGCAUCCCCAGCUACCGCUACCGCUAUCAGAGACGCAGUCGCUCCAGCUCCCGUUCCACUGAGCCUUCACACUCCAGGGAUGCCUCGCCCGUCGGGAUCAAAGGGUUCAAUACCCUCCCAUCAACGGAGAUCUCGAUGUAUACCCUGACCAGGGACCCCCUGAAGGCUGCCACCACCCCCACCGCCACCUACAAUUCUGACAGGGAUAACAGUUUCCUCCAAGUUCACAACUGUAUCCAGAAAGAGAACAAGGACUCUAUCCACACUAACACAGCCAACCGCCGGACCACCCCGGUAUGAAGCCACCGCCAGGAGCUGAAAUUGGGGAAGGAGCAGGCGGGAGGUGGGGAGGAAACGGAAGAAGAGGAGCAGGGGCAAUGGGGAGGGCAGGGGAGGGAGAGAAAGCAACCAUGGGGGAAACCUUCCAAAAGCAAAAAACAACAAAAAACAGAACAACAAGAAAAGAAACAAAAGAAACAACAAUAACAAAAAAGCAU